AUGUUGGAGCCGAUUGCCGCCGGUGAUAUUUCUUUGCUUUCCAAGCCGCUAUUCUAUAAACCUUCUAAUCACGCUCGGCUCUUCGAAGUCGAUGCCACGAGAGUACCUGGCCCAGAGCUUAUUGGUGCACCUCCCCUGGUACCCCUUGCUUCUGUCCUGGACCCUGCUGCUGUUGUAGAACCUGCUCCUAUCAUGGACCCUCCACCUGUCAUAGAACCUGCACCUGUCAUGGACCCUCCUCCUGUCGUAGACCCUCCUCCCGUCAUAGAACCUGUUCCUGUCAUGGACCCUCCUCCUGACGUCGUCCCUGACUUGGUCAUCCCAGCGCCUCAGCCUCCAGUCCUCAGGCGUCUCAUUACUGGCGUCACCGACGCAUCUCCGGCAAAGUUCCUCAUCGGCACCGAAAGUUCCUUCCCGGUCAGCCUCAUCCUCCUCCUGCAGACAAGUCAAGCAACCUCGUGUGACCUGUUCAUGCCAGCAGUGCCUCCGCCGCCUUCUCUGGUACCCUCGCCUUAG